CCAGUUCUGAAGAAAAAGAUUGGAUUUUAGAUUUACCUUUGGAUAAUUUUUGGGUUGGAUUGAAUAAUUUGGAAGAAACUGACAUCUUUUCAUGGUCUGAAGGAACCCCAGCACAUAUGCGACUCCCUUGACUCAACUUGGUUGCUUUGAAUUGCAAUACGAAAGCCCACUGGAUCUGCAAACGAAGUGCUGAUGUUGAUCGGUACCAAGAACAUGUAGGAAAGGUGCUUCUGUCACCACCAGGGUCUCCAUCCCAAGUACAUCCAGAUUUAAUUUCUGCAAAGAUAGCUUGUUUGGAACUUAGAGAAAAGUGUACAGGGAUCAGUGUCUGGAAGGAAGCCUAUGCACUUGCCAGAGGAACUGUCUUGGUAAAAAAUGAGGAGAACUUGUCUGCAGCAUAUGUGAAAUCAGGUUGGCUGAGCAUUUCAAAUGUUCUAUAAUUUCCAGCUCAUACAAUCAAAUUCCUACAUUAUGUGAUCCACCACCCAUGCCAUUUGCAGUUCGGGAAGGAAGCUGAAUUUCUGACAGAUGCAAUAAGAAUAUGAAUGAGUGAAUCUUAAAUGAGGUGUCAGAUUUCUUUGUUGAAAGAAAUAAUAGUAGUAACUACAUUUUUGAAUGAAUUAAUUUGUUUAGAUAACAUGUACUGUUUAUUAUUCUAAUUUCAAUACUUUCUAGAAAUUGUUCCAUUGAUAGAUUGGGAGAACCUGGUGUAGUGAAGUGAGGAAUUUGAUAAUGUAAUUAUUUGUCAGCGAAAAGAGUAAUUGUGAAAACAAGGUAGACUUGUUAUUACCUCUCUACUGAACCCCCACUCUCCCAUAGCUUCACUCAAAACUGCAUUCUAAUUCAGGGCGAACUCAUUGGAAAUGAGGAAUGCCAUAAUUCCUCUGCAAAUGGAUACAGUAAGAGUAAUGGUAACAUUUCCCUUGAAUCAAGACCCCACACAUUCAUAAGAGUAUUAAAAUUGCCUUGCAAAAUUGCCUUUGAAUGUGUCUCAUUCAAAGGAUUUUGGGAAUGAACAGAUGACUAAAAAAAUUGAUAGGCAUUAUGAAGAGUAAACAGAAAUGGUACAAUUGCAUCUUUACUUCUUUUUUGUAGAUUGCUCCUUUGGCUACUUUGGAGUAAACUGUUCCUCUGUAUGCAGUAGGUGUUAUGGUGAUGAACUGUGCAAUCCUUACACUGGAACUUGUGACAAUUUCCGUUCAUGUAAGGCUCAGGAUUCACCUGCUGUUUGUGAACGAGCUCUGACCAGUGAGUUGUGUCCACAUUUUUCUGGCUGGAAAUACUGGGAAAGUCACUGUUAUUACUUCAGUACUGAGCCUGAGGCCAGCUGGAUAGAUGCUCGAAAACAGUGUAGAAGAUUCAGAAGUACAGACCUCAUGUGGAUAAGUAGCCAAAGUGAAAUGGAGUGGAUAUUUUCUUUAAAUGCAUCGGGAAUUUUGUGGACAGGAUUGAAUAGCAGGAAACAAAAAUCUAGAUGGGUUUGGUCAGACAUGAAAUCAGCAGCUAAAGAAUUAAACAGGUUAAGAUUGGCUGGAAGCCCGUUUGGACGAUGUGUGGGCCUUGACUCAGUUAGCCAUGCUGCUUUGAGGCUUGAAUGUGAUAAAAAACACAAAUGGAUUUGUAAGAGGAAGGAAGAGAAUGACCUUUUUGAUGUCUAUACUGAUCAAUUUUUGUCUGGACCAUUAGAACCAGUAUUUUAUACUACUCUGUCCAGUGCUCUACUCGACUGCUUAAAGCAACCAAACUGCACAGGGAUAGUGCAGGAUUACCAAUACUUCAGAAGAACAAAAGGCAUUAAUAUAAUUAUUUCUUAUGAUGAAACUGCAACUUCAUUUGUGAGACGAGAGUGUAAUUUCGGUUACUAUGGUUAUAACUGUGCCUCAUAUUGUAAGAAAUGUUAUGGAGGAUUCAGAUGUAAUUCAGUCACUGGUCAGUGCCCUGAAAGAAUGCACUGUAUAGGCCGAUUUAAAGGAGAACUGUGUGAAUUCGGCAUCAAGCAUCCGAAAUGCCCCCAGAAUGCCCCAUGGUGGUUUUAUGAUGGACAUUGUUAUUAUUUUGAAGGGAAAAUGAAGGGGCAGCAUGCCUGGGCAAAUCUACGAUGUUCCUAUUACAAAGAUGGCAAACUUGCUAGAAUUGACAGUGAAAAAGAGAAGAUAUGGCUUGGUAUUAUGGUGCAAACUGAGAGCUGGAUUGGUUUAAUGCAAGGAGGAACUACAUGGAAAUGGAGUGGUGAUAGUAAAGAUAUAGAUCCAUCAAAAUAUUCUUGGCUUUGGGAUUUUCCUUCGACAGCAAGUGGAUGUGUUCAGAUGCUUCCAGGAGCAAGAUUUCAAGCCUUGCCAUGCAGUGAACAUCAUUCCUAUAUUUGUGAGAAAGAAAUAGCUGGUCUCGACCUUUUCAUUGAUUAUCCUGGAAAAAUACUCCUGGCUGUUUAUCCCCUGGCUAUGUAUAAAGAUCUUGAUGAAGCAAGAUUCCAUUGUGUAUUAAGAGAGAACUGUACUGGAAUAAGUAGCUGGCCAAAUGCACAUUUUCUUGUGACAGGAAUGGAAAUGGUGUCAGGUUCAGCUCAUCAUAUCUUUCGCUUAAAAACAAGUUGUUCACCAGGACAUCAUGGGCAUCUGUGUAGUAAACAAUGCCCAAUGUGCAGGGAUAGUACACGAUGUAACAUGGUAACUGGUUUCUGUGAUGAAAAGACAACAUGUAAGGAUCAAACAUCUAUAGAGAGUUGUUCAAAAAGCACCAUCAGUGAAAGAUGCCCAGAUAUGAAAACAUGGCACUACUGGAACAGACAUUGUUACUAUUUUUCAAUAAAUGUUGGCACAACUUGGAAAGAGGCAAAUUCAUCCUGCAGUAGAUUUAGGGCUGCUGAACUUCUGUGGAUUGAAGAUGAAAGUGAUGUGAAGUGGAUAACAAUGUUUUUUGAUGGACGUAUAUGGUUAGGACUACAAGACAUUGACCGUGAUCAUAUCUGGGCUUGGUCUCAUGAAGACAGUGCGGAAAGUGCGUUAAAAUGGAUGAAUCUCCCAGUGGGGCGCAGGUGGCGAAGAUGUACUGAUAUGACCAAAAAAGGUGUUAUCCAUAAAGUUUCCUGUAAAAAAAAAAGAGGAUGGGUGUGCAAAAAACCAGCAGAACGAGAUCUCGAUGUAUAUACAGGCUUUUGGGAUUCAGUAGUUGUAUCAGCAACUGCAACUUUAUCAAGAAAUUAUACUUAUGCUGGAGCUAGGGAUGAGUGCAUAAAACAGAAGUCUGCAUGUAUUGGCUAUGGAUUAUGGCAAAAUGGAUAUUUCUUAUUAAAUGGCCCUGUGAUGGUUGGUGGAGGUUUCGGUCCAAGCGUAACAUUUUUGAAAUCAGCCUGUGAUUAUGGAUACUAUGGACCAGACUGUGACUCUCAUUGUCCUCUCUGCCACUGGGACAAACCAUGCCAUCCCAUAACUGGAACAUGUGAACUUCCUGUUGUUUGUGCUGUACCUGAGAGUGUUGGUAGAUGUUUUUUUGGUAUGUAUAAUUUAAAAUGCUCCCUUGGCCCCGGCUGGUGGUACUGGCAAGGAAAAUGUUAUUUGAUAGAAAAAAAUAGAAAAGUGACAUGGAAGGAAGCUCAGGAGCUGUGCAAACAUUUUAGAGGUACAACCCUGUUGGAGUUGGAUGAUUCUUCAGAAAAGGUCUGGCUGAGAGCAAUGAUAACUGAACAGAUGUGGAUAGGAAUGCAAGGGCAUUCAAAGAAAAAAACCUGGCAAUGGGGUGAUGGAACACCAGUAAAUACCAAUCUAGAGUGGUUAAAGAUUGAAGGAGAUACAGUUGAUAGCUGUGGCACUCUUCUCAAAAAUAAGUUAAAAUUCCAAUCAGCGAAAUGCAGUGAGAAAUUAUACUUUAUAUGUGCAAGACCAGAACAUGUGAACAUAUUCCAGGAGUACAAGGGCCACAUAAUACCACAAAGACAAAAGACAUUACCAAAAAGUUUCUAUAUUUUGGGAUCUGCCCAAGAGGAAUGUAUGUAUGAACGAACUGCAUGUACUGGUGUAGUCUUUUCACAGGGAAAGUAUUACGCGGUCAGUGGAAAGAAAAUAUUCAAAAGCCUCAGUGAAGAAGACAGAUUGUAUUUGAAGACAGUUUGUAAUCCUGGAUUUUUUGGCACGAAUUGUCAGUUCCAUUGUAAGAAGUGUAUCAAUAACCUACCUUGUAAUUCUGUUACUGGAGAAUGUGUGGGCACAGGCCUCACCAAGUGUGGUUUAGACUCUGCAGAUCCAAAGUGCAUUGAUGAAGUUUUCAUAGACACAUGUCCAAAGAUUCCAAAGUGGUACUAUUACUCAACAUCAUGUUACUAUGUGGAAGAUUCAAAAGCUGACACAUGGGCCAAUGCUCGAAUUGCUUGCCAAGGAUAUAAGGAAACAGAUUUGGUUAAAAUUGUAAACAGCCAUGAAAAGAUGUGGGUGCAGUAUAAAGGAGAUGACAGCUGGAUUGGCUUGACUUUCAGCAAGCAGUUAUAUCAAUAUUUUUGGGUUGAUAAUUCAUCGUCAGUAUUUCAGAAUGCAUGGGUGGUUAGACGAAACAGAAGAAAGACACAUGCCACUUUCGACUGUGGAGUUGCCUUCAAAAAGUAUCUUUCUGUGACAGAUUGUUCCCAUCUAAGAAAAUGGGUUUGCAAAAGAGAGAAAGUUGUUGAUCUCUUUACUGAGCAUCCUGGAAGAGCCUUUUACUUGCCUACUGGGAAAGCUCCAAAGUAUGCUACUUUAGAUAAAGCCAAAGAUGCUUGUUUAGUUUUACAAAAAUGUACUGGAGUGGUAGAAGUAGCAAAAGAUUUCAUGUUGCACACUGGUAUGGAGAUAUAUAACACUAGGGACAAAAAAGUGAAGACCUGGACCAAAUCAGAUUGUGCUGCUGGAAGGUUUGGAGAAAGGUGUGAGCAUAUAUGCCAAAAAUGUGAUGAUGAUGUUUCAUGCAACCCACAUACAGGAUUGUGUGGAGACAGUUUGUUUUGCAACAAAACAGAUGCAACUUUCACUUGUGAAAAAGGGGCCUUGAUUGGUGGGAGGUGUCCUACUGAAGAUGGCUGGCUAUACUGGUAUGGCAGUUGUUAUUACAUUAGUGGAGCAGAAAUCCAAAACUGGAUGCAGGCAGAAGAUAUGUGUAGAAAGUAUAGUGGCACAGACCUUCUCUGGAUUACCAGUGAAGAUGAGAAGAAAGCACUUCUUUCUUUACUGCCCAGAGGAGUCUACUGGACUGGCCUUCAUGGGACUUGGUUUUGUAGCCAUUUACAUUGGUCACACAGACAUUAUUUAUUUACUCCUUCAAAAUGGUUAUGGACUGGGAAGUGGACAUUCUACUGGAGGUGCUGUAUACAUCUGACUGCUCCUGAAGGCGAAAUGACAGGAACUCACUGUGGUAGUACAGCAUCAUUCAUUUGCAAGAAAAGAGAAGAGGAAACUAUGGAUUUCCAUAUAUUUCAUGGUUAUUACCUGAUUGGUUAUGCCAAGGAUACUAAAGCUGUCAUCCAUAAAUCAUUAAGUGAAGCCUUUCAGCAUUGUAGGUUGGAAAGGACACUUUGUACUGGAGUUCAAAAGAUGACAAAUGACUACAAAACGUUUCUUGCAAGGCGAUUGGUGCUUAUUAGUGGAUCCUCUGCAAAUUUAUAUACAGCAUAUUUGAAAAGUGCUUGUACACCCGGAUAUUAUGGUUCUCGGUGUAGCAUGAUUUGCAGUUGUAAUGGGACCAAAAACUGUAAUCCAUUAACUGGACAGUGUGCUGAAAAUGAACAAUGUAAUGAAGAUUACUUAAUAACAGGUUGUGAGAAAGGUGUGAUUAAUCUGAAGUGCCCAGAUCCUGGAUGGUGGUUUUGGAGAGGUUACUGUUAUUUCAUACCACCGGUAAAAGAUCGGACUUGGGAACAAGCAAAGACUUUUUGCUUAGCUUAUCAUGAUACUAAACUGAUGCCAUUGCCAGAUAGUGAAGAGGAAAAGAUCUUGCUGGCUUCCAUGCUAAAGGAUAAUGCAUGGAUUGGUUCAGCAGUGAAAAAAGCAAAGGAUACAGCUAACUUUGACGAGAUUUAUAGCAAAGCUCUUUCAACGUGCCCACAAAUGAAUUCAAAUGGAACCAUUAAAUAUGUGGAAUGUUCUUCUUUGGCUGCCUGGGUUUGUAAAAGGAGUGUGGAUGCCCAAAUGUUUUGGAAAUACCCUGGUUGGAUACUCAUCUUGCCUUUGGGAAACAAAAUGUAUAAUCAUAAAGAACAUGCAGAGUCAGCAUGCUUGUUAGAAGAGAAAUGUACUGGAAUCACCUACUGGAAGGAGAAAUAUGUACCAGUCAGUGGUGUAGAACUCGUUUUACCAAUAUCAAAGCAUGAUGCUACAUAUAUAAAAACUGCUUGCAGUGAAGGACAUUAUGGAGCCUAUUGUCAGAAAAGGUGUCCAGAUUGUCCAGAAGAUAGACCAUGCAAUAGAUUGUUGGGAGAAUGUGCGGGUGAGGUGACCUGUCUAGAAAAAGAUUAUUUGACACGGUGUGAAAUUCGACUCAAAAGCAAAUUUUGUUAUUACCAGUGGGUAUACUUCAAUGAAUAUUGUUAUUAUAUUUCUACAUAUGGGCAGAUUAAUCAAAGUGAUGCUAUGUAUAUGUGCAGCCAGUAUAAAACAGCCCAACUCCUUCAUUUGUCUUCUAAUGAGGAAGAGGAAUGGCUGACUAAAAUAAUUUCUAAAACAAUCUGGAUUCGAAGUGUAAGUCCGUCUUUCCACCCAAAGAUAUUUCCUGUGCAGUCACAAGUAACAAUGUUCAGGAGUGUCAUAGACAUUGAGGAGUUGUGUAUUCAAUUGGAUCCUAGUAUAGAACGCUUGAUAGCAACUCCCUGUUCACAUAAUGCUUCAUGGGUCUGUAAAGCCCCAUUAGCUUCAGAGCCCGUGGAUGCUCCAGAGAAGUGGUGGAUGUCAUUGGUGUCCUCCCUUUCAGUAACCAUUGUUGUAUUGGUGGUGACUGUGUUUGUUACAUAUAAAUAUGGAUUCUGGGUUACAGAAGUAGCAAAUGAAGUGAAACCACAAUCCCUUUAGUCAGAUGGCCAGAGCCAUUCAUAUAUAGAAAGAGAAAAACCAAAUAUACAUUGUUGGUUGUCUGUAAGAAGCAAACCCAUUGACUACUUUUUGCUUGUUCUUUAAAAUGUAUAAACUGGUGAGGUGGAUAAGACUUAAAGUGUAAGAAAACAAUACUGAGGAAAGAAAAAUAGGAAACUGUCUAGAGGCUUUAGAAAGUAUUUUUAAAACAUUUAUGAGGCUGCAAUAAUUUAAAAGUAACGGCAGAACGUAUUUUAAUAGAAAUUAUUCCUUUAAUACAAAGUCUUAAACAAUUUUGCAGCCAUUAAGAAAUCUUCCACAUGUCUGUUUUCUUGUUUCUUAAAUUAUUAAAUAUAUUUGUGAAAAGGGUAUCUUCUUUUUUGCAGUUAAUUUGCAGGUAACAAAGCUUCAUGUCUUGAAGUAUGCUUUGUGUAACUUGAAAAACUUUUGCUCCAUUUUGAGUUCAUCAGAAAUAUGUUUUAUAAUCUCGUAUAGGUUAACUUUAUGUAUCAGCUGAUGGCAGGUUUGGGUGUUCAAAUUAUGGCUUUUGAUAGGACCCAUGGAUAUGUUGAGGGUCAUUCUAUGGGGACGGAAAAACAGCAGCACUCAAUGGGAGGAUGGUGGUGGCUGCCAACACCGCCAUUUCCCCAGUCGGGCAUUCAUAAAGGCCAAAAGUGAUGCCAUGGCAAAGAGAAUAGAAAAGACUGGUGCUUUUUGUAUAUUCUCCUGGGACAGACUGCACUCUCACCUUUGCCAUGCAACUCAAAGAAUGGGAUGGUUCCUUUAUGUACACUAUUUACCCUGGCCUAUGGAUAAGUUGACCCAGGUUUUUUGAGUUGAUUUUUUUUGCUAAAAUUUUCAGACUUAUACAUGAGUAUAUAUAGUAGUUUGGGUUUUUUUCUCCCUGAGAUCUGUUUUGUCCAAAUAAUUAUAGGGAGAUUGUAAACAGAUAAUGUGGUUUACUGUGUUUAGAAUUUUGACGGUCAAUUAUGCUGAUAUCUAGGAGAAGUAGAUGUUCCUCAAGGAAGUGAUUGUUCUUGAUCUAUGUUAUUAAAAAACACUUCCAUGUUUCAAGGAGAUGCCUUAAACAAUCUUGAGAGGCAAUAAAAUGAGUUAAUACAUGUUU